UCCUAGGAGAUGAAACACACAAGACGCCGGAGCUUCACAAGGGGGCGAACAAGGUAAGCCGCCGGCGCCGGCAGGGUGUUCAUAAGAAUGGAAGCAGUGUUUCUUUGCCACACUCCUUUCUACUGGAUCUCAUGAACUGGCAUAAUCUUGAAGAAGACACUCCAUUUAAUAUGACAAACCUGUCACCAGUAUAGCAACAAGAGUGAGGGCAAACACGAACAAAAAUAAAGUAGUAUUUAAAUUUAUAUUCAACAAGGAAGUCAUUUCAAUCAAGACCUUCUGCUGCCUUAUUUUUGCAAGAUGAACCGAUACACGACCAUGAGACAGUUGGGGGACGGCACAUACGGGAGCGUGCUUAUGGGGAAAAGCAACGAAUCUGGGGAGCUGGUGGCUAUCAAGAGGAUGAAGAGAAAAUUCUAUUCUUGGGAUGAAUGUAUGAACUUGAGAGAAGUUAAGUCUCUGAAGAAACUUAAUCAUGCCAAUGUGAUUAAACUGAAAGAAGUUAUCAGAGAAAAUGACCAUCUUUAUUUUAUAUUUGAAUAUAUGAAAGAAAACCUCUAUCAAUUAAUGAAAGACAGAAAUAAAUUAUUCCCCGAGUCAGUCAUCAGAAAUAUUAUGUAUCAAAUAUUGCAAGGACUGGCAUUUAUCCAUAAACAUGGCUUUUUUCAUAGGGACAUGAAACCAGAAAACUUGCUUUGUAUGGGUCCAGAAUUGGUGAAAAUUGCUGAUUUUGGACUUGCACGAGAAUUAAGAUCACAGCCACCAUACACUGACUAUGUGUCUACCAGAUGGUAUCGUGCUCCUGAAGUUUUAUUGAGAUCUUCAAUAUAUAGUUCUCCCAUUGAUGUUUGGGCCGUGGGAAGUAUAAUGGCUGAGCUAUACACAUUGAGGCCACUUUUCCCUGGGACAAGUGAGGUUGAUGAAAUCUUUAAAAUCUGUCAAGUGUUAGGGACUCCCAAGAAAAGUGACUGGCCAGAAGGAUACCAGCUGGCAGCCUCCAUGAAUUUCCGCUUUCCCCAGUGUGUUCCUAUAAACCUAAAAACUCUCAUUCCCAAUGCCAGUAAUGAAGCUAUUCAGCUUAUGACUGAAAUGUUGAAUUGGGAUCCCAAGAAACGACCAACAGCAAGCCAGGCAUUGAAACAUCCAUAUUUUCAAGUUGGUCAGGUAUUAGGCCCUUCUUCACAUCAUCUGGAACCAAAACAGACUUUAAAUAAGCCACAGCCAUUAAAACGGAAGCCAUCUUUAGUUGAAUUAGAACCUAAUCCUCUGCCAGACAUAACUGAUCAGACUGUUGGACAGCCCCAGUCAAAACACAGCCACCAACCGCUGCAGUCCAUUCAGGCACUCCAGAACACGGGUGUCCAGCAACCUCCAAAGCAACAGAAUCAGCAGAAACAGCCACAGACGAUGUUUCCAAGUAUCAUCAAAAACAUGCCAACUAAGCCAGUUGGCACACUAGACCAUAAGAGUGCUAGGAGGCGUUGGGGGCAGACUGUCUUCAAGUCUGGAGAUAACUGGGAGGACUUUGAGGACUACGAUCUUGGAGCCUCCCAUUCCAAGAAGCCAAGCGUGGGUGGUCUCAAAGAAAAGAUGAAGAAAGAGUCUCCAUUUGGGCUUCCUGAGUCAGUACCCUCAGACUCCAGCCACUCCACAGGGGAAAACAAGAGCUUGGAAAACAGGAACUUAACUGCUGCUAUUUCCCUAAAAUCUGAUGCUGAAUUGUCAGCUUCAACAGCUAAACAGUACUAUUUGAAACAGUCAAGAUACCUUCCAG